AUGCCCGUGCGCACAGCACGCUCACACGACCGCGCGUGCGCGACUGUCAAAACCGCGGUGACAGCGACCGAAAUCCAACUCGGACUUUUUUUUGAAAAUGGAACCCAUGACAUCCGACCUCUUUUUAGUUGAUCUGACUUAACUUUUUUUUUACACUUCAAGAAACUCAGUGAGGACAUCAAACUCGUUUAGCUUAACCUUUAAAGAGUUUUCAUUCCCUUUUAGUGAAUUUAAGUAAUUUUACUAGUGGUUACUUAGAAGCUUAUUAGAGUGUUUCGAAUUAAGUGCUAAACGUUUAGUAAGGUCUACUUAAUUCUAUUAAGUGAUAACAAGGGCGUGAAAUUUGACUCAAAGUGUGAACUGAUAAGGUGUGAACUAUUCGAUUUUGCGCAAAUAUAAGUGAAGUUAAUUUUCCAAAUUUGACAUUCCUAAUUCGUGAUUUAUCUAUUGGAAAGGAUUGGUUUAUGAUAAAAGUUUUGGUACUGCGUGGGGUGGUAGAGCGAAGUGCGGAGCGCGUCGCUAAUGAUGAGAACGGGCGGGGCGCGGGGGGACGCUAGCCACGGCGUGCCGCACCACACCAGCAAACAUGUUCACCAGGUUCGACCAAGGCAAAUCAACGAAAGGCGCAAGCAAGCUCCGCCGGGACUUAAUCAACGCAGAGAUCGCCAACCUGAGGGACCUACUGCCUCUACCACCCUCCACCAGGCAGCGGCUCUCGCAGCUCCAACUCAUGGCCCUAGUCUGCGUCUACGUCAGGAAAUCCAACUACUUCCAACAAGUUUUCAAACGUUUUGACAUCAACCAUCAAGCGACAACGGCACCCAACUUCGGUUUUUCAAAAGCUCUAAACGGAUUCCUAAUGAUGAUGACACAAAACGGCAAACUGCUCUACAUAUCAGACAACGCAGCUGAAUAUCUUGGCCAUUCAAUGGAGGACCUUUUAAUCCACGGGGACAGUGUUUAUGACGUCAUAGACAAACAAGACCAGCAAGCAGUGAGGACGGAGCUGUCAAGAGCUCCAGCUGAUGGUGAAGAUCGGGUCUUCCUCUGCAGGAUGAAUGUCGCCAGAAACGCACGCAGACAGAUGAGAUUUGGCGAUCAGAAAGUGGUUCUAGUCCGUGGUCACUACGUAUCAUACCUGCCGCUGUGCAGUCGCAACGAGCCAGUAUUCCUGGCGGUGUGCACGCCGCUUGCGAUGCCCGAGACGCGCGAGUGCGUCGUGCACGGAGCCACUAAUGUGUUCACCACCGUGCACGCCGUCGACAUGAAGAUACUGCACAUCGACGCCAAUAGCGAGUGGCAUCUGGGUUGGGAGAGGAGUUCCCUCCACGGCGUGAGCUGGUACCACCUGCUACACCCCGACUGCUGUAAGGAGGCCCAGAAUAAACAUCGCCUCAUAACGCAGUCAGAGCAAGAGAGGUCGUGCAUCGCCCUACUGAGGCUGCAGACCAGGUGCGGCCAGUUCCUCUGGGUGCACGCUGUGCUGCAACUGAAGGAUAACCUGGAGAACUCGCAGCGGCCCGUCAUCGUGUGCACUAACCAGGUGCUAAGCGAAGAAGAAGCGGCUGUGAUGAAAGCAAACCCAUGGCUGUACCACUACUACGCAGUGCAAUCCAAACUACACUACGGGUUAGCAUACGAAGCGGCUUCUAGAAUGUACGGGCCGCCUGCCACCGAGCUCCCUGUCUACCCGCCCGCGAUGCAGUACCCAGCUCCACCCGUCUGCCUCAACGGCGCCCAGCCAGUGAUGAUACCCAACGCUGGGCUACAACCGCACAUACCCCACGUUCCAACGCACUUGGCUCCCAUGCAUUACGCUUACGAGAGAACUGAAAAUGGUCCCGUGGAUUAUUCUGUGUCGCUACAAGAGAGCAGGUUUCACACUAUCAGAGUGGAGGAUACGAGAAUCCAACCUAAUGCAAAACGGAAAGCGAAAAGCACCGAAGACAAACCUAACACCCCAGUACCGACUAUGUCCCCCCGUUGCACUCCCUCCACAAUCACAUCUGGUGACACUCUAGUAGCAGUUCAAGCUGGUUCCAUCACAAGUAGACGCCCAGGUUCUAAAAACUUUAACAUAACUGAGACAGAGAUGAUUGACCAAUGGAAUCCCAGCCCGACUUGGUCAGAAUCCGCUCUCCAAAAAGUUCCAGACGUAUGCCACCAGGAUUUGAGCCCUUACGUGACAACCACACCCCCAACGCCGUCUGGAACACCUUCGGCUUACACGCACAACUGCAGCCACACAUUCGUGUUCGACUGGUCACCAGAGCAAUAUGUUCCUCACACUAACAAUAGAUGUAACACAGUAACCACAGAAAGUUCCUAUCAGCAGACGUGGAAUAGGAGUCAGCGGCCGUUUGCGAGUGAGGCUUCAGUCGACGAAAACUGUAAUCCUAAUAGGCUUAGUUUACCAAUGAGGGUCAGUAAUCCACCGCCAGCGUAUAACGCGAACAGAGAUGGAGAAAUACUAAGAAGACAAAUAGAUCGUCCGCAUCCAGAAUCGCCGGACGCCAAAAAGCCUGCGUUAUAACAAACCUGUAAUAAUUUUAUACAUUAAACUUCUGUAGUAAAUGAGUACUUAAGUACGUUAUAGUAAAAUAAUCGUUACCUUGUAAUUUAAUAAAUUUUAUUUAAAGAAAAGCUCUGGAACUCUCCUGUGAUCUUUGUAUCGAUAAGUUUGUAAAAUUUUUAGCUAGAUAGAUUUGUUAAUUCUAGUGAUAAAAACAUGUACAUAAAUACCUACUUAGUAAGUGCACUUUAGACGUCACAUGUAAUGUGAUGUAGUUUGUUCUCUGUGCAUAAGUAAUUAAUAACCUAUAAGUUCUGUCAACGGAAUUCAAAGUCUCUUUCGAAUCGAUUUGUGACUCUGUAUUGAUCGAAGCUCAAAGCUCGAAUGCACAUAGACAUGCUGUCGCAGAAAAAGAACAAUCUGGAACAAUCAUAUGAAGCAUAACAUGUAGGUAGACUGUUUGUUUGUACAUUGAAAAAAAAUACAAAGUAAGAUUCGAGGAGGUAAGUACCUAAAUGUUACUUGCAUUGUUCAAAAUGGUACUUUACCCUUAAAUAAUUCGAUGUAGGUACUUAAAAAGUUUCUUGUAAUCUUCUUUAAGUUCUGUUACAUGCCUUGAAAGAAGUUGGUUGAUACAUUGUUACAGUUAUACUCUAUGUGUAGGUACUACCCAAUAUAUACUGUGUUGGCACAUUCCUUAAUUUUCUUUUGCUCCUAAGUAGUACAGCGUGGAGUAAGGUGCUGAUAAUAUAACAAAAUCCGUCCAAUCUUAAAGAUAAUAAGUUACAAGUAAUAAAUUAUUCCUAUCUCGCUUAUAAAUGUGUACAUAUAAAAUGUUAUUUUGUUGUUAAGAUUUUUGAGUGAUAGGAAUGUUUUUGUACAAAUUACAGUAAGUAUAAACUCUGCUAUGUAUAUUACGAAAUGGUUACUCCUGUCUGUAAUACUGGUGUCAAUUCUGGCAUGAUUCUUUAAACUUAAAACUAAAUUUAACAUCUGUCUCUCCUUUUCAUUCUGUGUAGAGAUUGACAAGGAUACACUGUUGUCAAAUUUAAGUUUAUGUUUAGAGAAUCUUGCCAGAAUCGACACCAAUAACUAGGUAAAACUAUUUAGAAUUAAUUUAUAACUUCUACUUUGUUGAAUGAGUUUCGAAAAUUAAAUUAAAAAGUGAAAACACC